AUAAAACUCGCAUUGUUCCUGCGUCCAUCGUAAGCUGAUCAUGUACUGUACAUACACUAUGAGCAGAAAUGUUAGGCCUUAAUCGUAUCGUGCAGCUGCACGCAAUCUUGUUCUGUCUACUGACGCUGUGUCUCGCGAAAGAAGACGAAAACUAUGAUAACUCGACUAACUACCGUCCUCGCAACGUCACAGGCCUCGGCAACUUCUACCAAUGGGUCGGAUCGUACUAUAACGCGACAGCGGAAGUGGAAUUGACACCCAUCUUCGGUGACGUCUGGAACGAAACGAUAUUCGGCCCCAACUACACAGAUAAUCUAUGCCCUGAACUAAAGAACUCGACCCAAACCAUCAAAUACGACGCCAUUCUGAGCAUCCUCGAGAAAGGCAAAUGGAACGCUGGAAGUAACUCUGUUAUUUUCUGGCUGACCCUUAUCCCUAAAUCCUUAGCGGGGUUCAACGUCUCCUCUCUUGGUGCCGAUUUCACGUAUGCAUCUCAGUCUGGGGGCCUUCAAUUUCCCCUAUAUUCUGUCGACCCAAGCCCAGAUGGAUUUUGGCGACCCAAAGAGGGAAAAGGCCCUGAUCUCUUCAACUUCACCACUACCCAGACCAAAUCGGGAGCUUACAACAUCAGCGCGCUACUCCAACGCAACGAGCCGAAAUCGUACUCGUCAAGUCUGAAUCUCACCAUGCCAGUGUGCAACACCACCGAGCUAAGCGGUGAUUACACAAUUGACGUAGAAGAGUUUCGAUCUUGGGAAGAAGAGGACUGGGAUGACUUUCGAUGGCCCAACAUCAGCAUGUUGUUCGACGGCAAGACUGCAAACUUGACUAUGGAUGCUGUGUUUUCUGCAAGGCCGUAUGUUUGGCCUAAUGCGACGACUGAGUGGUCGGCGCCUACAACUGGCAGCCCUGGUGCGCAUGGUUUUAUACAAAUUCGUGUCUCUGGGGUUAUUGAUGCGUAUCAUUCGGAUUCGCUCAGUCUUGAGGACGGAACGCCUGUUUGGCUGCGCACCGUGGGUUUUGGGAAUGACUCAUCGAAUAUUGGAUAUGACAGUGCAGCUAUCAAGCUGUCGGCCGAGUUCACUAUCUCUAUGAUGGCUAUUGCUGUAGGUAUCGUGCUACUCUUAUAGAAGAGCUUUAGCUAUGUAUAUUUAAUGAAUGUGGAGUUCUAUCUCUACUGCCUAGGGCUCCGACUUCUUUAUUUUAAAUUACGCCAUGCCACCUGGUAGCUGUUGACUUGGGUCGACCAAGACUCCAUCUGUGUAAUUGAAGUUCGUGAACAACUCCCC